CUCAGGGGUCAAAAGUCUCAUCGGUGUAAUGUAAACGCAUUCUUGGGUAAUAAUCCUAUCACGUCAAGUGAAUAAUCAGGUAGGUUGUUAGAAGAAAGGAGGAGAGAAGCAGAUCGAGACUUUGACCCCAGAGUGGAGAUCCUUGUGCUGUGCUGAUCCCACGGCCUCGCACCAGUUGCUGGUGUCCUCUUCGGGUCUUAUUCAGCCAUGAAGAUUAAUUUUGCUCCAGUUGAUGUGCCUCUGGAUAGGAGGCUUCAGACUGCUUCCGUUCUGCAGUGGGUCUUCUGUUUCCUAGGCCUGGCCCCCUGCUGUAUUGUAUUGUUCUUCUAUCUGCUCUUCACCCGUUUCUGGAUCAUCAGUGUGCUGUAUGCCACCUGGUGGUACAACGAUUGGGACACACCUUCACAAGGAGGUAGAAAAGUGCCCCUACUAUGCCGAAUGAGCUUAUGGGAGCACAUGAGAGAUUAUUUCCCCAUAAAGCUAGUGAAGACAGCAGAUCUGGACCCCAGGCAGAACUAUGUGCUGGGUUUUCAUCCCCAUGGUAUUCUUGUGGCUGGCGCAUUCAUUAAUUUCUGCACAGAAGCGACUGGCUUCAGUAAACUCUUUCCUGGGCUGAAGAGCAACCUUCUCAUGCUGCCUCUCUGGUUCAGAGCCCCAUUCUUCAGAGACUAUAUUAUGUGUGCAGGCCUGGUUUCAUCAGACAAGGAGAGUGCCAAGUAUCUGCUCCAGCGAAAAGGGGGUGGGAGCGCUGUGGUCAUUGCAGUUGGAGGUGCCCCUGAGGCUUUGGAUGCCCGUCCUGGUGACUACACCGUACACUUAGCCAAUAAGAAGGGCUUUAUUAAACUUGCACUAGAGAAUGGUGCCCAUUUGGUUCCUAUAUAUUCUUUUGGAGAGAACGAGGUAUUUGACCAGGUGGAGAAUCCUCGUGGCACCUGGCUAAGAUCUAUCCAAGAGUGCCUACAGAGCAUCAUGGGUGUUUCUUUGCCCCUUUUCCAUGCACGUGGAGUUUUCCAGUACAGUUUUGGCCUAAUGCCCUACAGAAAGCCCAUCAACACUGUUGUGGGUCGGCCAAUCAAGGUAGAGAAAAACGAGAAACCCACAACAGAGGAUUUGAACACUCUUCACCAGCUCUAUAUGGAUGAACUCACUCGCCUCUUCGAGGAACACAAAGGAAAUUAUGGAGUACCUGAAGACUCUCACUUGGUGUACCUCUGAGCUGACAGCAUCACUCAAGCAACUCUGAGAGUGUGUGAAAACAUGUUUGUAUGUGUGUGUUUGUGUGUGUGUGUGUGUGUGUGUGUGUGUGCGCGCGUGCAUGUGUGUGCAUGCGAGUGUGUGCAUGUAUGUGUGUGUGUGUGUGAAAGAGAGAGAAAGAGACAGAUAGAGAAUGUGUGUAAGUACAUUUUGGGCCCUAUUUUAAGAACACUAGCGCUAAGCGCAGCACUUUGCUUGAAGUCAUACGUACAAAGACAAUGGACAUAGCCAUAACGUUUUGGUAUUUUCGUGAAAGCAUGCCCUAUGUCUAGGCACAAGUGGGUUCGGUAAAAUUGUGCUCGCAAAGCGCUAAAGGGCUGGGUUAAAUGCAAUUUAAUUCUAAGGUUCUUCUCCGGUUAUUGCACCAUCUUCUUCCUAUUAUGUAGUCCAUUCCCUGUCAAGCACCAGCGAUAUAAACAAAGUAAGCACAUUCAUAAGAAGCUGGUAGUUUAAAUGGACUGUAUGCAAUGAAAUAGAAGUAAAUAAAUAUGGACUUACAUACUUUAAAGCAUACCUGGAACUAACCUGGUAGGCUAAUACAAUUGUUGAAUGUCAGGCAUAUUUCUGACAGUGACACGCUCCUUUUGUACGAAUGGAAAAUGUGGUUCUUGUCAAAGAUUUGGAUGUAGGCUCUUUAAAUUAUAGAGAAAUGUAAGUAUUAUGUAAGUAUUAUUAUUCAUAUUGAUCAAGAUACACAAACAUCAUGGAUAGUAUUACUGUAACAGCGAUUGCAUUAGCAUUCUAGGUUAGGCUAUGGAUCGAGGAAUCGGUUUGUUUGUUUGUUUGUUUGUUGCAGGCACUUUACUUUUAAAUUACCCUCUCCAACUUAAAAAUCACUCUACAACAACAGGUGGAAAAUUACUAACACAAAUUAGAUCAUAAAUACAAUUGUAAAUAUAAACUCAAAAAUAAUAAAAAUAACUGAAGAAUAAACCAUGACCUCUAGAAGGUUGAACACAAUUCUCAUAAAAUGUAGUUUCAUAAAAUGGCUACAACAGUCAUUGUCAAGGACAUAAUUUGAUGUUCCACUAUACUUUCAUAGUUUGUACAUGAACUUUAUUGCUACCUGCUGGUGGAAUCUUCAAACUGCAAUUGCAGGAACUGAUUUUAGACAUUGAGCUGAAAUCAGACCUGCUUUUGAUACUUCUCAAGCCCAAAGUAUACUUCGGUACAGGACGUGUGAUGCAAAUCAGAGUGCUUGAGCACUGAAAGCAUGCAGCCAGAUUUUUCUAACCACGUGUUUUUGAACGCGCAAAAUGCGCAUGCACCUAGAAUUAUUUGCACAAAAUUGUGGAUCCACAAGGUGGCAAUACUCACACUUCAGCCGUUGCUAUCAUGAAGAUACGCUAGAAGAAGACAUAAUCGCCGGUAAAUAACAGGAGACGAAGAUAAAGCCAACAACAAUAGAUGUGCACGUCUAGAACACUUGUGUUAGGAGGUCAGGAGAUAACUGCAUUUGUAUAACUCAAGUCUGAAGGACUAUAAAGACAUCUUUAUGGGUCUAAACUCCUGAGAAAUAGUCCGGUGUCUCAUACAGUCAUAGCACGCAUGCGCCAACCGCCUCAGUAUGCGCGCAUAGUCAGAUGGAGUAUACUCUGACCGGCUCGCAUUUUGACAGUACUCAGACGCUAAGCAUUCACAUCAAAAUCAAAGUAUACUUUGGCUUUGGCUUUAGCGCAAUGACCUAUUUCUCAGGAAAAUAGCAAAUUGCAUUUUGCGCCACUUUAUUAACAUACAAUACACCCACAGUUUGCGUGCAUCCACCCACAGAUAGCGUAAACACUCCCACCCAUGCCCACUUACGCUUUGCACUGGCACGAAAAGACGUAGUGCACGGAUAUUGCGUGUAGUGCUGCGCUUAGCCCGGCUAUGAAAAUAGAGCCCUUUGUCUUUUUGUAAUGUUAAUGCUGACCAUUCCCUCAUAAAUGAAACUUUACAGUAAAAUCCUUUGUUUGGAUGAGAUCUUGAUUGUAAUUUAUUGCAGAUCUUCUUUACACAUGUGCUAUAGUUUCUACUGUAUAUGU